AUGCCUUCAAGAAAACCCAGCAAGUAUGGCAACAAGUUCCGGUCAAGUGCUGCGUCUUCGAACCCCCGACGAGCAAAAACUGUCGAAUUCAGCUCCCUACGUUCCACCGAAGCAACCUCGCAAGACGAGAAAUUUGAGGCCAUUCGAUUGGCCAACAGCAUCGAUGAAACCCUCGGCUUUCCGCGCUUCGAGUCGGGCGAGACAAGGACCGGUUGGCUUAUCAACAUGCACAGCACAACAAUAGAGGACCCGAAUGUUCCCGGAGGCCGCGCCGGUGUGGAUUACUAUUUUCUACAGGAUGACGGCGGGAGUUUCAAGGCGACAGUGGAACAUGAUCCAUACUUUUUGAUCGCGGUAAAGAAAGGCUAUGAGAUGGAAGUCGAGGAAUGGUGUCGCCGGUCCUUUGAGGACUUGAUCAAAAAGUUCACGCGACUUGAGAAGGAGGACCUGAACCUCCCCAAUCACCUUCUCGGCUACCGGAAAACCUACAUCAAGUUCAGCUUUGCCAAUGUGCGCAACCUUCUGGAAGUUAGGAAGACGAUUCUUCCUCUGGCGGAGAAGAACAAGAAGAACGAAAGUGCAAUGGAUGCAUAUGUUGAAAUGACCAGUGCGACUGCUGGUAUCGAUCUUUUCGACGACGAAAUAAUUAAUGAGCAACGACCUAAUAGCAACCUACAAGCGAGUGAUUUUAUUGUUGAUAUUCGAGAAUACGACGUUCCAUAUCAUGUCCGUGUCUGCAUUGACAAAGACAUUCGGAUAGGAAAAUGGUACGAUGUGCAGGCAAAGCACGGCGUGGUAUCAUUGACCUGCUUGGAAGACCGACUUCAGCGUGCAGACCCGGUCGUCCUCGCUUUCGAUAUCGAAACCACAAAACUACCGCUGAAGUUCCCCGACGCCGCAUUUGAUCAGGUUAUGAUGAUUUCGUACAUGAUUGAUGGGCAAGGAUUCCUUAUCACCAACAGAGAGAUUGUAUCCGAGGACAUCAAUGACUUCGAGUACACGCCAAAACCAGAGUACAACGGGCCAUUCAUUAUCUUCAAUGAACCCAAUGAAAGAGCCGUCCUUGAGCGAUUCUUUGAACACGUCAAGAUCUCCAAACCCACUGUCAUUGCCACAUACAACGGUGACUUCUUCGAUUGGCCGUUUGUGGAGACAAGAGCCAGUGUUAAUGGACUUGAUAUGUACAUGGAGAUCGGCUUCCGGAAAAAUAGCGAGGACAUCUACCAAGCCGACAACUGUGUGCACAUGGACUGUUUCGCCUGGGUCAACCGUGACAGUUAUCUUCCCCAGGGAAGCCGUGGUCUGAAGGCUGUGACCGUCGCAAAGCUUGGCUAUGAUCCAGAUGAACUCGACCCAGAGCUUAUGACACCUUACGCGAGCGAAAGGCCACAGACUCUGGCCGAAUACUCAGUUUCCGAUGCGGUUGCCACCUACUACCUGUACAUGAAAUAUGUUCACCCUUUCAUCUUCUCUCUCUGUACCAUCAUUCCUCUCAACCCCGAUGAAACUCUGCGAAAGGGAACUGGAACCCUGUGUGAGAUGUUACUCAUGGUGCAAGCCUACAAGCAUGAGAUCGUCCUGCCCAACAAACACAAAGAUCCUGCAGAGGCCUUUUACGAAGGUCAUCUUCUUGAGUCCGAGACCUACGUCGGUGGCCACGUCGAAAGUAUUGAGGCUGGUGUUUUUCGAAGCGAUAUCCCGACACACUUCAAUGUUGACCCUACUGCAAUUGAGGAGCUUCUCAACGACCUGGACCACGCUCUUAAGUUCAGUAUCGAGGUCGAAGAAAAGAAGUCUAUGGAUGAUAUUGUGAACUAUGACGAGGUCAGGGCUCAGAUUGUGGAGCGUCUUCUCGAUUUGAAGAACAACCCGAGUCGCGACGAAGUUCCUUUCAUUUACCAUUUGGAUGUCGCCUCCAUGUAUCCCAACAUCAUGAUCACCAAUCGACUGCAACCAGACUCAUUGAUCAACGAAUCCAACUGUGCUGCCUGCGACUUCAAUCGACCCGGGAAAACGUGCGACAGACGCAUGCCCUGGGCCUGGCGAGGUGAAUAUCUGCCAGCGAAGCGUGAUGAAUACAACAUGAUCCGACGUGCCACUGCAAAUGAACGUUUUCCCGGCAAGUACAAAAAUUCGCCAACGAGGCUGUUUAGCGAGUUGAGCAUUGAAGAGCAAGCUGGAAUUGUCAAGAAACGAUUGCAGGAUUACAGCAAGAAAAUUUACCACAAGAUCCACGACAGCAAGACCAUGGAGCGAGAGGCCAUCAUUUGCCAGAGAGAGAAUCCUUUCUACGUCGAUACUGUCCGUGAUUUCCGUGACCGUCGAUAUGACUUUAAGGGCAAGCAGAAAGUCUGGAAGAACAAGACAGAUAGCUUACAAUCAUCUGGGGCUUCUUCAGCUGAAAUUGACGAGGCAAAGAAGAUGAUCAUUCUUUAUGACUCUCUUCAACUUGCGCACAAGGUCAUUUUGAACAGUUUCUACGGUUAUGUAAUGCGAAAGGGUUCUCGGUGGUACUCUAUGGAGAUGGCCGGUGUUACUUGUCUAACAGGUGCGCAUAUCAUUCAAAUGGCCAGAGAGCUUGUUGAGCGUAUCGGCCGACCCCUUGAACUGGACACCGACGGAAUUUGGUGUAUGCUUCCAGGAGGCUUCCCUGAGAAUUUCUCCUUCACUUUGAAAAACGGGAAAAAGAUGACUAUCUCUUACCCUUGUGUCAUGCUUAACCAUCUCGUUCAUGCGAGAUACACCAACCACCAAUAUCAGGCUCUUGUCGAUCCGAAGACCUUCAAGUAUGAGACUCACAGUGAAAACUCCAUUUUCUUCGAAGUGGAUGGGCCUUACCGAGCAAUGAUCCUGCCAACUUCGAAGGAGGAAGACAAAAACUUGAAGAAACGAUAUGCAGUCUUCAACCAUGACGGCUCCCUAGCAGAAUUGAAGGGUUUCGAAGUCAAGCGAAGAGGAGAGUUGAAGUUGAUCAAGAUCUUCCAGACUCAAAUCUUCAAGUUCUUCCUGGAGGGUACCAAUCUCGCCGAGACCUAUGCCGCUGUGGCUCGAGUUGCGGAUCGGUGGUUGGACGUUCUGUACGAGCGCGGAACCACCCUGGCGGAUGAAGAGCUUAUCGAUCUUAUUUCGGAGAAUCGAAGCAUGGCCAAGACGCUUGAAGAGUACGGAUCUCAAAAGUCCACAUCGAUCACGACGGCAAGACGUCUAGCAGAAUUCUUGGGCGAACAAAUGGUCAAAGAUAAGGGUCUCAACUGCAAAUACAUUAUUUCCUCGAGGCCACGGAACACACCUGUCACUGAAAGAGCUAUACCCGUCGCUAUCUUCUCAGCCGAAGAUAACGUCAAGCGUUUCUUCUUACGCAAAUGGUUGAAGGAGGAUCCCGGCGAUAUGGACCCUCGAACCGUCAUUGACUGGGACUAUUACCUGGAGCGUCUGGGAUCCGUGGUGCAGAAACUGAUCACCAUUCCAGCUGCACUUCAAAAGCUUCGCAACCCAGUACCCCGUGUUGCCCACCCCGACUGGUUGCAGCGUCGGAUCAACACCAAAGAUGACAAAUUCAAGCAAAAGAAGAUGACCGAUCUAUUCACCAAGUCAGACAAGGCACCACUUUCCUCGAUAUCUGGCAAUAUUCUAGAUCAUCGUGUUCAGCAUACUGGUGACCUGGAUGAGGCGAUUGCGAGCUCUACUCAGAAGCUGAAGUCCCCCAGCAGCAAUAAGGUUUCCCAAAAGCGAAAGCAUCCCGAGAACGCCUCCAAGACGGCUUUGGACCCCUUUGCUAGCCUUCCAGCGGUCAUGCCAUCCAUCACAGAAGACUACCAAGGAUUCCUGAAGUAUCAAAAGCAAAAAUGGAAGAUCCAGAAGCAAGCUCGGGUUCGCCGCCGUCAACUGUUUGGCGAGCGAACUAAUGUUGCCUCGGAUUCUCUGAGCAACUUCUUCCGCAAUCAAGCUCAAUUGCUAUACAUUAGCACAUGGCAGAUCUUGCAGCUUUGCGAGACCGGCGUCCCAGGAGUUGUACGAGCUUUCGUGCUGAUCGACCAAAAGAUCCACGCUCUCAGUGUUAGAGUUCCACGGCAGUUCUUUGUGAACCUGAAGCGAGAGUCCCUGCCUGACGUGGAUGUACCGGACUGUGAUGUCGAGAAAGUGAACCACACUCUACCAAAUGGCCAUCCCUCGGUCCACUUGUUCAAGCUGUCUUUGUCAGAAGAGAAAUAUCUGGAAGAAGCUGACAAGAUGGAUGUUCUCUUCCAACACCCUAGUAUCGAGGGUGUUUACGAGGGAAAUAUCCCGCUCAGCAUUCGGGCGGUGCUCAAGUUAGGAAGCCACUGUACUUUCGAUGAAGAGCAGCGUGGUGUACUUGGUGAAGGAUUGGACAAGGGCUUUGAUCUUUCCACCCUGCUCCACGCAUCUUCAGACCAGCCAUAUCUGAUGGACUCGUCACUGAUAUUCCAUUACCUGUACCACAUUGUUUCAGGCGAUAGACAAAGCUUUGCGCUCUUCUCGACGGCAAAGAACGAGGCCAACAUUAUCAUUCUCAACCGCACGAGGGAUGUCCAGGGUCUUCCAAACGUUGAUAAGGUGUACACCGAGUUCCUAACUCGCAAGAUGCAAGCUGGAUCGGGCGAUGACUCGCAGGACGCGUUCGAAUACCAGGACAGGAUUCAUUUUAAGACCACCCAGGUGAUGACGCGAAGAAAGGCCCACCUUGAGGUUGGUGACCUGGUGAGAAAACUCCGAAACGACGAGAGCCGGCCCGCCGUUCUUGUGAUCCAAUCCCAGCAGAAGGACCGCCUAUGCCACGACAUCCCAAUCUUGAAGGAGUACCCAGUCUUAUCCGUGAAGCCUGAGCCGUCGGACAUGGAACUUCCGCCUCUCGGCUGGCAAGCAUUUGUAGCCAGGCGUAUCGUCACUCGUUACUUGUACUUGUCUUCCUGGAUUCAACAUUUGACCGGUCUUGCUCGAUACGGUGAUGUUCCACUUUGCAACUUGGAAAGUGACGAUCCUCGCUACCUCAUAGAUGUUGCCUAUGCCAGAAGGCUCCAGCAAAACAAUGUUGUUCUCUGGUGGUCUCCUGGUCCACGUCCUGAUCAUGCAGGCUACGAAAGAGAUGAUAUUCUCGGCUCCCUGGACAAGGUCAACAUGCCAUCAGUCAACGUACCCAAUGCUUACUCGACUGUUUGCAUCGAGCUGGAAGUUCGUAACCUUUCCAUCAACACGAUCUUGACUUCUUCUAUCAUCCACGAGAUGGAAGGCAGUGACACGUUGCUAGCUCCUUCCGGUGAUGCCGAUGAUACGGGUGUUUUCUAUUCCGAGAAAGCAUUUGCUUCCGCUGGUGUCGUUGUUCUUCGAGAGAUGGUCAAACACUGGUGGACAGAGGCUUGCGCAGGAAACAGUAUGGCUGAUGUCAUGGUCUCGCAUUUGAUUCGAUGGGUGGAAAGCCCCAUGUCCUGUCUCUAUGAUCGGUCUUUGCACAAUUAUGUCAGAUUGCUGUCGCGAAAGUCAUUCCAGAGACUCAUGGCGGAGUUCAGACGUGUUGGUUCGCAUGUCGUAUUUGCCAGUCCUACACGUCUUCUACUCCAAACGACGAAGACUGAGGUUGGCAAUGCCUACGCCUACAGUCAGUAUGUCCUGAAAUCGAUCCGCGCCAAUCCUUCAUUCCACUUCAUCGAUCUGGAGAUCAAGGAGUACUGGGAUUACCUCGUAUGGUACGACGAAUAUAACUACGGAGGCAAGGGCUGUCGGGAGGUCACCGAAUCCGACGAACAGAAUCUUGAGACGGUGAUGCACUGGCAGCUGAGUCGAUUCCUGCCAAUGCCCAUGCAAACCAUCUUCCACGACUGGGUGGUCGAGUACAUCGAACUAAUGCACGCCUUGAAAAGACCUGAGGUCCAGGAUGGCGAGAUUUCCUCGACGCCUCGUCCGACGCAGAUUCCCAUUGGACGAAACAACGAAGCAGACAAUGAGGAGGUCACUGCCGUUCUCGCAGAUCGAUUCUCAAAGCCGCUGAAGAAGCAAAUCUCGGGUCUGAUCCGUAGACAGCGUGACGAAAUGCUGCAUCCCGAGCUUGCAUCCGACUAUGCCUUCCCCGUAUUGCCUGGUGUCUUGGUCAAUACCGAAGACGACAAGCGCAACCCAUCAUUGGAGUUGACAAAACUUCUUAUGCAAGUUUUGAGUCUGUCCAAGACUACAACCCUGGAAUCUCGGUUGUUGCGCCGCGAGCUCCUGGCACUGUUUGAAGUCCGAGAAUUCAGCAAGGAGGGUCGAUUCGAGAAUCCCAGUGCUAGCCUGAAACUUCCCGAAAUGAGCUGCAAUUCUUGCUGUCUUAUUCGAGACCUUGACCUUUGUCGCGACGAAGAUGUGCUGCCCGAUGUCGACUCGGAUGCCACCACUACCUCCAAGCCUUGGAAGUGUCCCUUCUGCCACGCCGAUUACGACCGGCUGGCACAGGAAGAGCUUCUCAUCGGGCAAGUCCAUGGUCUUGUUGUUGAAUGGCAGACGCAGGAUCUCAAGUGUUCCAAGUGUGGCGGCCUGAAGGUCAGUGAUUUCAUGGAACACUGCUCUUGCAGUGGCACCUGGGCAGCAUCUCUCGAUCGUACCGAGAUUGAGAAGAAAUUACGAGUGUUGGAGAGUGUGGCCAAAUUCCACAAGCUGCAAUUGUUAGAGAACGUUGUCGUGGAUGUAUUGGUGAGGUUCUGA